CUCUGUCACACCUCCUGUUGGGUACAAGUCGUUGUGAGUGAACAUAAGUGUGAGCAGAAAGACGGAGCUGCGUAUAGGCAGUAAGUGCAGUUUGCAGGAAGGAAUCAGGCUGUCAGCACAGAGAGGAGGUCAUCAGGCUCAGCCAUGAGUAGCUACCUGUUCAUUAAAGCCACGGGCAGACUUGUAACCCAGCUCCUCCAGCCUGUCUGUAGCAAGGAGGAAAUGAUCUCAUCAGCCCUGACCAAGCAUUACUCCAGGAUGACUUCAGAGGCUCACCUGCUGACUUCAGAGGAAAAGAACCAAGCAGUUCAGGAUCUUCAGGCUUUGGGAUGGGCAGAAGUCCCAGCUAGAGAUGCCAUUUAUAAAGAGUUUGUCUUCAAGACUUUUAAUCAGGCCUUUGGGUUUAUGACUCGUGUGUCCCUGCAAGCAGAAAAAAUGAAUCACCACCCAGAAUGGUUUAAUGUGUACAACAAGGUUAAAAUAACUCUGACAACUCACGAUUGUGGGAAAUUGACCAAAAAAGAUGUGAAACUUGCUCAGUUUAUUGAAAAAGUUGCCACCUCCUAAUAAAUUAAUAAAUCAAGUUAAUUGUUUU